AGAGGGGGAUAAUCAGCGCUUGGAGAUCUUGGCUGGCUCGGCCGGUUGGCCCACAGGGUUCCUCACUAGGGCCGGCCGUGUUGAAUCAGUUAGUACGAUCGCGUCUGUCGAGCGAGCAGCUGCCGAUCAAAGAUUUUUACUUUGGAGUUUCGCGUGCGCGAUUUUGUUGGUUUUCUGAAACAAACUAUCGUGGGACGUAUAGUUCUCGUAUAUUAUUAGUGGUCAAUCAGCUGAGCGAAGGUGCGAAGGUGGAUCUUUUAGGCGGAACACAGCAUUGUGGUUCGGGAUUUCGGUUUGGUGAACUUGCGGCGCGGGCGUAUUGUAGAGAGUUUUCUUGCUUAAGACGGAAACCGAAAGUGGUUACGUUUGCCCACACGAUCGUAUCGAGUUUUUUCUUCUGUUCAAGGGGCUUAAGUGGGUGGCGGUGAAGAACCUGGCGCCUAGAAAACCGUAGCAAAAGCCGUCGUGCACCUUGGGAUUAAGUACAUGUGGAUUAUUGUCGUUUUUUUUUUUCUCGUGGAGGUUCUAGUGUAUCCGUUAAAAUUUGUUGAUCCCGGAGGUCCCAGAUUGAACAUGUUCAGUUGAUUCUCCGAUAGCCGGUGUUGAUCGAGUAGAUCUCUGGAAUUAAUAAUUUACAUACUUAAGUGCGGUGUUUGUGCACGGCUCCUCGAAAAGCUCGUCGGGACCUGAAGGACGUCCAAGUUGGGGGCUGAGCAAAAAGAUAAAAAAAAAAACAACACAACGCAAAAAGUGGUAAAAGUGUUUUUAUAUUUCAGUGGCCAUUCGCGACUAUAACUGGACUCCCGGGUCUUGAAAGUGCAUGUCGAUCGAUCGAUCGAUCUGGAUCUGGCCUCUCGCCGCCUCGCUUACUGGUCAACGACGACCAAAGGCCUUUGGUAUCGCUAAAAGUGAAGCAUAAAAGUGGUUAUAAGUAGCAAAAUUUUAAUAAACAGCGCAUACGAUUAUCUCCAGUUAAUCUUGGCAGCUUUUAAACCGAGCGCUGGCUGCUUACUUCAAUAUCUCAGGUUGGGACCCCUUGCAUCCUCCCGAGAAACUCCUAUCGUGACAUGAGCUGUGCCAAGUGACACCUGCGGCUGAAAUCUGCGCAACCGGGCUCUUUGAGACGAGAACGAAAUCCAGGCCUUACCCGGUGAAGAGUCUCCAGGCAAUAUUUUAAAGAUUCCUUCAAUAAAGUUGGCGAAGAAACCUGUGGGUGGGAAGAAACGACGAGGAUCGAAACUCAACGCAACUCGAAAUCGAAAAAAAAAACCGGUGAACAGAUUGCAAUCGUUGACGAUUGGUAGUGCGAAAAAAAAUUGAAUUAUCGAUCGGCCCCCUUAUAGAAGUGUCCCUCAUUCGGGUUUGAGUUUGCGCCGAAGGAAGGAAACCAGAAGCCGUCGCAGUCGCAGAAAGACGACGAACCUCGAAACAAGGAAUUAAAUACAAAUUGAUAACACAUUAACCCGGUUUCGAAAUUUGGAUGAAAUGAUUUAAAAAACAUUCUGACCGUUCCAAAAUGCAUCACACCAUGGAGGCACUGGCCUUCGACCAGAUCCCGAUCAUGGAUUUGGCGGACGCCAACAACAACAACAGUCGAGUAACGCGAGGUCCCGGAGCAUCCAGCAGCAAGGAGCAGCACAAGAAGGACGAAAAAUACUCGCUACGCCAAAGGCAAACGCGUAAGCCAACACCUACAGCGAAACCGGAGAAAAAGACCGUGCCCAAGGAUAAACCAAAACCGAAAGCUCCCCCUUUGAGUAAGUACCGACGCAAAACGGCCAAUGCCAGGGAGCGAACCCGAAUGCGUGAGAUUAACAGCGCUUUCGAAAAUCUUCGACAAGCUGUGCCAUUGGCGGUGGCCGGCGGAAGUGGGAACAGCUCACCGGUAAGCUCGCCAGGAAAUGGAGCCGGAUCAAGUUGUAACGAGAAGCUCACCAAGAUUACUACCUUAAGGCUGGCGAUGAAGUACAUUCGAAUACUAAAGGACAUAUUGAACAACAGCGAAAGUGGGCUGAUGAUCGACAACAAUAAUGAUCUGGACAUGGUGAAUCAUAACGAAAUUGAAAGAGAGGUUAUGUUGAAAGGACUGCUCCAGAGUGAGUCCAUUUUCAAACCAAUCAGCCCAGUGACGGUCAAACAGCAGGCAACAGAAAAGAGUCCCAGUCGAAGAUCCAACAGCAAUGCCUCCAAAAAGAAACCACGAAAGGCCAGUAAAGCCAGUUCAACGAAGAAAAGUACCUCUAACACUAGAUCCAGCAGACAGACGACAAUCAAGCCGGAAGCCCCCAGUAUAGACACCGGAAGUGAGCUUAUGGAUUUAGGCAUGAUGUUGGACUCGGACAACGAUUCAUUGCAUCUCUCGGAGCCCUGCAUGAGUCCGCUACAAACGACGGCUCCAAGCUUAAAACAACAAACCUUCAACAGCUGUAACGUCAGCAACACUGCCAACGAUCUGGAGUUUGGUCUGUUUUUGGAGUCUGACGCCGACUCGCUUCAACUUUCGGAACCAUGUCUUAGUCCCCUCGGUAACCUGGACUCCCUGAACCCAUUCAACGACCUACUACACACCGGUUUCAACGAACAAACGGCUUUAGAGUUAUACUUAUAACGUUUUCUUAAAUUUCCGCGAUCACCUAUCGACGCGAGUGUAUAAUUUCUGUUAAUAACGAUAGUUUGUAUCAAUCUUAGGGCAAAUGAAAACUGAAUAGAAUAUUUAAACAAGCCGUGAUAGCAAAUCGAUUCCUCCUACAUGUAAACAAAAUAAUCUAAAUAACAAAGCACUUAGUAAUUAGCAGAGAUGCAUAUCCGUUGCGAAACAAACCCACUUAUUUAUUCUCAAAGUGUCAUAUUAGAGCGAAGGAGAAACCCUCCCCCGUGUGUGUGUUGCCACCUUCCUAUCGUAGGGUUUCCACUACGAAUAUGUAAUUGUACAUUAUAUCAAUCAACCACUCUAGCAGUAUCUACAGAGGAGAAUGCGGAAAAUUACCAUCAAUGGAAAUUUUUAUUCGUGUAGGUUUAGUUCAGUAAGUGUUUGGCAUUAGAAUUGUUCAGCGAGGUAACACUCAAGCCAAUGCGCAAUGGCGAAAUGUUUCGCCCCAAGUAACUAUUUAGACGACUGGAAUUUUUUCUGAAGCUGGAACCAUUAUGUUAGACUUUUUAAAAUUUCACUAGAUUUUCAUUCAUACUAGAAAGUUCAGAAAUACUGAGCUUUAAAAUAGACGUACCCCCCAAAUUGCAACAGUGAUUUCAAAUUUAGUUCUAACAAAUAUUGGUUCAAAAUUAUAAUAAACAAGUAUGGUACGAAUAAGAACGAAGGACAUCCUAUUCUUGAGUAUCACCUUCAAUGAAAAUCCCUGAACGAUUGUAAAACAUUUCCUCAUAUUUUUCUUCAACUUCAAGGAAUCUGGCUUGUUGGAAAAAGUUUACAAAUUAUUUUGAUUAAUUUAUUGUACCAGCUUACCUGAUUCUUUACUUCUAACUGUUUUAAUAUAAUGAGGACAAAAAAAAUUGCAAACUUUUUCCAAUCCGCCAGAUUCCUUGAUAAAGCAUAAUAAAUAUGCCGAAACGUCGGAUGUAGUAAAUAAACGUCGUUUAAUGAAGGGAAACUUUUUAAACAUUACUGGAUCAGUUGAUACGAAAUUUAAAUAUUUUUAUAACUUCUUGGUGUUUUCACUCUAAAGCCCAUAGUAUUUCAUCAAUAACUCAACAACGCGACGUAAUUAGAUUUUGUAUCGUGAUGGAAUCGAUGGGGAAUGGUUGAAAGAUGAAAAUUCAACUGGUCUUGCUGUUUAAAACCUUCUAGAACUGUUUUAUUCCAAUUCCCCUCCAUUAUAAAAUUUCCGCGAAGAAAACCGAUGGAAUCGAAAUAAAAACAAUUCUAGAAGGUUUUAAGAAGCAAAUCCGGCUGGAAUUUCAUCUUUCAACCAUUCCCCAUCGAUUUGACCAUGUUACACAUGCUAGUUGUGUCGAUGUUUUGAGUAAUUAACAAAAUAAGAUUUUUUCAAGUUCAUUUUCACUCGAACUGUAAACCAGGCAUAAGUAACAAAAGAAGGAUAUCAAAGUUGUUCUGACCUAAUUGUUAUUUUUUUUUUACAUUUAAAAACAAAACAGGAGCUGUUGUUCCUUCAGCUGAUUUUUAUAUUUGAAUUUUUCACAUUUAUCUUACGGAAAUGCGAAAUCCUAUCAUCGGAUCAUAGUUAUUUCUUCAAAACGGUGUGACUAACUUAAUAGAAUUCGGUCCGAUAAGUCAGUGCAUGACAGUUUAGUUUAAAUUUAAAAAUAAUAUUGUAUGGUUUGAGUGUAACCUCCGAUAUUUAUAAUUAGUUAUUGUAAAACAAAUGUAAAACUUUCGGUUAAAACUUUUAUGCGUAACAACAUUGAAAUUUCCCAAAAUCCAUAUUCGAAUCAUUCCAACUAGGUUUAAGAUAUUUCUUGAAACAAUACAAUUACUACCACUUUGUAAGAUAUUUUAUUUCGAAUUAAAAUUAAAACCGUAGAAAUUUUGUAAAGAUAAUCCAACAAAUCCAUAUUGAGAGAGCAUGUAUUUGUCUAGUUCUUGAGUAGAAACAAAUCUUAGACAGGGGAUGAACCCUAUCUGACCUGUAAAUAUCAUCCAUAUGAAACUCCGUAAUGCCAUUAAAACAUGUGUACCAUAAAUAUCUAAUGUAAGUUGCGAGGAAAAAUUAUUGAAAAUAGAACUUGU